GUCCGAGCCAAAUAUCCGUUCCUGUUCGCCAUCGCGGUUCGUCUUUUGCCCAUCGAAAACCCGCACAUACACUCACAGAAAUGGCCUUAAUUAUGAAAUAUAUUGACAGUAUGCAUCACUACAUGGACAAAUACGGAGAUCCCCGGACGAAAGAUUGGCCAAUGAUGUCGUCGCCGCUCCCAACCCUAGCACUAUGUUUAGGAUAUGUGUACUUAGUCAAAGUCCUGGGUCCAAGGCUAAUGGAAAAUCGCAAACCCUUCCAGCUCAAAAACACCCUCAUAGUGUACAACUUCGUUCAAGUCGUGUUUAGUGCCUGGUUAUUCUAUGAGAUUGGUGUAUCGGGUUGGCUAACGGGACAUUAUAACUUCCGAUGCCAGCCAGUCGACUAUAGUAACCACCCCAAAACGCUGCGGAUGGUGCAUGCCUGCUGGUGGUACUAUUUCUCAAAGUUCACCGAAUUCUUUGACACGUUCUUCUUUGUAAUGCGCAAAAAGAGUAGUCAAGUGUCUACAUUGCACGUCAUUCACCAUGGAUGUAUGCCAAUGUCGGUAUGGUUCGGUGUUAAGUUCACUCCAGGCGGUCACAGCACAUUCUUCGGCCUUUUGAACACGUUCGUACACAUAGUGAUGUAUACGUACUAUCUGUUUACUGCCCUCGGACCGCAAUUCCAGAAAUACUUGUGGUGGAAGAAAUAUCUUACCGCCCUUCAGAUGGUUCAAUUCGUCCUGAUCAUGGUACACGCUUUCCAGCUGCUGUUCAUUGACUGCAACUACCCGAAAGCUUUCGUCUGGUGGAUCGGAAUGCAUGCUGUGAUGUUCUUCUUCCUGUUCAACGAGUUCUACCAGUCCACAUACAAGGCCCAAAAGCUAAAGAGAGCAGCUGCUGCCAAAAAGCGAGAAGCUGAGCUGCUUCUGCUGCAGCAACAGAACGGUCACGUGGCCAACGGCAGCGCCAACGGUACGCUCAGCAAUGGCACCGGCAACAAGGCAGCCGAUUACUACGUACGGGGUGACGUUCCGGCCGAGAUGGAACUGACGCAACGGUCAACAACGAACACCACGCACACGACAGCCCAAUAAUAGCGGGAUAAAAAAAAAGGCAGACCGGUUACGGUUCUUGUAAUUAAUUAUUAAUUUAUUGUAAAAUUGUCCCCC